UACUUACUUCGGAGUAUUUAAUGGAUUUUCACCGGUAAUAUAACAAAGAUCACACCUUAAUUCGCGAGUUUAAGCCAUUUUAAGUAACGUUAUCGAAAAAGGGGCAACCCUAGGGCAGCCGAUAACGCUUGCAUCACCGCUUUCUCUUUCUAACACACGCAUCCCGGGCGCAGAUGCAGCACAAAGCAGAGUAGAAAUAAUAAUCGUUAUCGAAAAGGGAGAUUGUCGAAAUGGGCAUAAAUAUUUUUAUAAACAGUAAAUAUAUAAUUUCUUGUGGGGAUCACAUUAAAUAUGAUGAGCUGUGCAGCCGAAUUGCGGAGAACACAAAUUUGCAACCUGAGGAUUACUACCUAGUGAGCAAUGGCAAGCGUCUGGAUGGAAAACUUACAUCUGGAGAUGUUCACUGCGUUCUGCGUCAACUCGGUGGCAAAGGGGGAUUUGGUUCCAUGCUUCGCGCCAUUGGUGCCCAAAUUGAAAAGACUACCAACCGCGAGGCUUGCCGCGACCUGAGUGGACGUCGUUUGCGGGAUAUCAACGAGGAGAAGCGGGUGCGCGCCUGGCUGGAAAAGCAGGGCGAGCGGGAACGAGAGGCCGAGGAGCGGAAAAAGCGAAAAAUCGAGAAGCUGCUGGCCGUGCCCAAGCACGACUUUAAGGAUGACAAGUACGAGGAGGCCAGGGCUAACCUAACAGAAAAGGUUAACGACGCCUUCGAGGAGGGACUCAAGCAGGCCGAGGAGAACAAGGAGAAAGGGGUCGAGGAAGCCUCUACCAGUGGCACCAAAAGGAAAUCCCCCGCCGAAGACAAGACCAAGGACAAAAAGAAGAAAAAGGGCACACUCUGGAUAGGGGAUGACAUCUCCGGAUCCGACUCUGACUCGGACGACAGCGAGGAGGAACCAGAAACAAAGAAAAAAGCUGUACAAAACUAGAUAUUUAACUUUUUUAUUAAGUAUUUAACUAAGACGUUUUUACCCCUACGCUUACCUGAAAUUAAAGCAGCCCAUAAUAAUAUAAA